UUCGUGUUUGGCCAUGCUAAUGACGCUACUAAACAAAUAGUGUCAUAACACAAAAAAGGAAAUAAAGGUAGCAAACGAACGCGUACGUGUUUUAUUACCGAGUUGGCUUUUAACACCACCUUAGCCAGACUUUCUUUACUGGUUUUAGUGCAUUUCUCAUGAUACCUUCGACAUAACAAGCCGCAUAUAAUUGUACCUCUAUAUUCUUGUUCUAAUGCACCAACAACGCCUAUGUUUUACUCUACCGCCCCAACAAAGUGGUUCAGCGACAUCUGACGGCGCCGUCGCACAGUCUAGCUCACACUUGCAGGAUCAAGACAACAGCCAAACUUCUCAAUGCCAGUCGUGGCGACCCGACACACUGUCUACGACCUCCACCCCCAAACCAAGAACGUCAUGGGUCUUCUCCCAUAUGCCGGACUGGGACAUCGAAACUAGAUAUUACAGUCAACGGUCGGGUAAGGAGGAAUGGCGCUGCAAGUAUUGCGAUAAAACGUACUCCUGCUCGGGAGGCACUGCGGCGCCCGCCAAGCACUUGACUGACCCUCCCCCGGAUGGCCAUGGUCUCCCAAAAGGUGCUCUACGAACAGCCAAAGUCCGGAGUAUACGAACAAUUAUCGAGCAAGCUCGUGUAACAGCGGAAGAGAGCGCCCGAAAACGCCGUCGUCUCAACGAUCAAUAUGGAGACUCCAUCGAGCCCGAUCAGCUGGAAGUGCUGUACGUUCGGUUCGUUACGGCCUGCUCUCUUCCGUUUCGGCUUGUGGAAUGCCCGGAAUUUCGAGCCCUAUUAGCCUAUAUCAAUUCUGACAUCGAUACAUGGCUUCCAAAUACACACCAGACCAUCAAGAGAUGGAUACUGCGGCAGUACGAAGACCAAAAGGAAAAGGUCAAGCAGCGCAUCCAGUCAGCAAAGUCAAGGAUCUAUAUUAGCUGCGAUCUCUGGACUUCCCCCAACUCGUUAGCAAUCCUAGGCGUAGUUGCUCACUAUGUCACAGAAGACUGCCAAUUAGAACACCACACAUUGGCUUUGAAAGAUAUAGAUGGUGAUCAUGAUGGGUCUCACCUUGCUGUGGCUAUUAUGGAUGUAAUUGAUGACUGGGGAUUUGCCUCUAAACUUGGUUAUUUCGUGAUGGACAACGCCGGCAAUAACGACACUAUGAUAAAGUGUCUUUCUCUUGCCCUUCUACGACAGUACGACAUUCGAUACGAUCCAAUAGCCCACCGGCUCCGCUGCCAAGGCCAUAUUAUCAACCUAGCCGCAAAAUCAUUCCUCUUUGUGACCGAUAAAGAGAAGAUUGAACGCGACGAUUCUGCCGCCUUGCAUCUAAGAGAUGCUAUUGAAAACUAUUUUAAAAAAUGGGGCGAGGUGAAUUGCGCUGGGGACGAACUCUCUGCUGAGGACUGGGCCACCGUUGAGAAGAUCAUGUCAUUUCUAGAGAAACUGAAGAUGACAACCAAGGCCCUGGAAUCGUCAUUCGCCACUCUUGAUAAUGUGCUCCUAGCCAUGGACUUCGUGUUGGCGCAGUUCGAAGUAGGAAAGGAGACGUUUGCAAAUGAUCCGAUUAUGGCGCCUAUGUACAACUCGGGCUGGGCAAAACUAGACAAGUACUAUCGGCUUACGGACGAAUCCCCAGCCUAUGUUGCAGCCAUUGUGCUCCACCCGUCGCAUAAAUGGCAUUAUAUACAUGAGAAUUGGAAGAGGGAAUGGGUAACACCCUCGAAGAAGCUGGUUGCGACGCUUUGGGACGAUUAUAAACCUAUAGCGUCACCUCCACUAACCGAGCCACAAUCGAACACUACGAACGAGUUCUUACGAUGGAGAAAUAAGCAUCUACAACCGUCUCCGAUGACGGACGAGUACGAGCACUACUGCAAAUCCGAGCGGGUCUAUGGAUUCACAAGCGCGCUGACAUGGUGGUUAGAGGAAACACAGCAAAAGACGUAUCCCAAUUUGAGUAAAAUGGCAGUGGAUAUACUGUCGAUUCCUGCCAUGUCAGCUGAGCCUGAGAGACUCUUUUCGGGGACGAAAAUAACCAUUACCGACCGUCGAAAUCGGAUGGGCAGUGAUAUAAUUGAAGCAACAGAGUGCUUAAAAUCAUGGUUCGGGAUACGAGACUUUGAAGGGAUGGCAUGUUAGUCCGAGUAGCUGCAGUCACGUGUAAUAUAUUGUAUGUAUUGUUUUAUUGGCAAUAUGCCAG